GACAUGGCCGCACCCCAUCAAUACCACCAACCCAAUGCCCCCGACGACGACUCCGAUCUUGAGCUCGACCUGGAAGAGCUCGACCCCGUGUCCUCAGCUGCUUCGCCGCCCCAUUCGCAACCACAACGUACAUCGAAAGAUCGCAGUAGAAGACCGUAUCAUGAGCUGGGCGCACGCAUUCCCUUGAGGAGCUUGAGGGUGGGAAGAUUACGCGGGAACAGGAGGACACAGGAGCCCGAGGAUGAGGAUUUGCGAGGUCUAAUAGACGACGAGGAAGAUGGCAACAGAAAUUCAGGGGGUAGUUAUGGCCAGUCGGGCGAUGAUGAUGCGCCAUUGCUGCCAUCCCAGGGGUCAAGACGGCGCAAUCAUCAGCGGGCUCCCAGCACUCUGUCGCGCAUCCAAUCCAGCAUUCGCCUCCCAAGUUUUCUUGCUAGUCCCAACAGGCCAGGUGAACAGCCUCCUCACCCCGAAGGCGAGUCGGAUGCCGAAGAGGAGCAUGACCCUACAACCCAGCGCACCAUUGCUACGGGCCAGCCCCAAAACUCCCGCUUCCCCGCAAACGCCGUCUCCAACGCAAAAUACACGCCAUGGAGCUUCCUUCCUCGAACGCUGUACAACGAAUUCUCCUACUUUAUCAACAUGUAUUUCUUGCUCGUAGCAUUGUCCCAGAUUAUACCCGCUUUACGACUUGGUUACCUUUCAACAUAUAUUGCACCUUUGGCGUUUGUUAUUACAGUUACUCUGGGUAAGGAAGCCCUCGAUGAUAUCGCUCGCCGACGGAGAGACGCAGAAGCAAAUUCAGAACCUUACACCGUUUUGAAAUUUGAAGAGAAUGGCGCAGGAAACGGCCUUGCGCCAGGGAAGAGCUCGGCCAACAAGAGGAGGGCCCGCAAGCUGCAACGCGGAAGUAGCCGCUUGACCGACAUUGAGGACGAGGAGCAGCAGAUUUCAACCACAAAGGGUUUGGCCACGGCCACAUUUUGGGAGCUGAGCAAGCCGUCGCGAAGCCUAAAAGUGGGAGACGUUGUAAAACUGGGCAAAGACCAGCGAGUGCCUGCAGACAUGGUUGUCUUGAAGAGCUCUUCCCUGGAUGCUGUUCCGCCACCGCCAGCGACACCCAGUACAUCAUUGCUGGAUGACGCAACAGUACAGGAGGAGCCCAAAGGCCAUUCAGAGAACGGCGCAACUUCAAUGCAGUCUUCUGGGGAGGCUUUCAUCCGGACUGACCAGCUAGAUGGUGAGACGGACUGGAAGUUACGUCUGACGUCUCCAUUGACCCAAAAUUUGGACGUCGGUGAAUACACUCGCCUGCGUGUAAUUGCGGGUAAACCGGACAAAAAAGUCAAUGAAUUCUAUGGCACUAUUGAACUUCAGCCAAAACGACAAAAACAAUACGAUCCCCACGAUCAAGAAGAGCCAUCUGCUGCAGAGGUUCAAUCAGCUCCGCUUAGUAUCGAUAACACAAUAUGGGCAAAUACUGUCCUGGCUUCAAGCUCCACCGUACUCGCUGUCGUUGUCUACACAGGCCCACAAACCCGGCAGGCUCUAUCUACAUCACCUUCCCGGUCUAAAACAGGAUUGCUGGAGCUGGAAAUCAACGCGCUCACCAAAUUCUUGUGUAUAUUCACACUAACGCUGUCUUUUGUGCUUGUGGCCCUAGCCAAAUUCCAGGUAAUUGACGGUCGAGCUUGGUACGUUUCCAUGCUACGAUUCCUCAUUCUCUUCUCCACCAUUGUCCCAGUAGGUCUACGUGUGAAUCUCGACAUGGGCAAGUCGGUGUAUGCCUGGUUCAUUGAACACGACAAGAGUAUACCUGAUACUGUGGUACGGACCAGCACGAUACCCGAAGAUCUGGGUAGAAUCGAGUACCUUCUCAGUGAUAAGACAGGUACUCUGACUCAAAAUGAAAUGGAAAUGAAGAAGAUCCAUAUUGGUACAGUCUCGUAUGCCAAUGACGCCAUGGAAGAAGUUUCUUCUUAUACCCAGCAAAGCUUCAGCACUCCUGCUGGAGAACCACCAUCGUACAUAACGCCAUCCUCGACCUAUGUAGCCCCUUUGACAUCGGCCACACGUACCCGGAGGGAGAUAGGCUCUCGUGUUCGCGAUGUUGUCCUUGCUUUAGCCCUAUGCCACAAUGUCACGCCCAUUGCCGAGGAAGAAGACGGCCAAGUCGUUACUAGCUACCAGGCUUCGUCUCCCGAUGAAAUUGCCAUCAUCCGAUGGACUGAGGCUGUAGGUUUGAAGCUUAUACAGCGUGAUCGUGAGUCCAUGACUCUCCAGUCCUGUGCAAGUGGGAACGCCGUUGUUCGGGUCCGUAUCCUCAACGUUUUCCCCUUCACUUCGGAAAGCAAGCGUAUGGGCAUUGUCAUCAAGUUUUAUCAGGGUCCCAUCACCUCACCAUCUGAGGAUGAUGGAGAGAUAUGGUUCUUCCAGAAGGGUGCAGAUACUGUCAUGACUGCUAUUGUUGCAGCGAACGACUGGUUGGACGAAGAGACUGCGAAUAUGGCAAGAGAAGGCCUCAGAACUCUGGUAGUGGGCCGCAAGAAACUGUCGGCAGAGACCUACCAAGAUUUCUCAGCUCGUCACGCCCAGGCAUCAAUGGCAUUGCACAACCGAGAUCACGCUGUCGCAGAGGUCGUCAAGAAAUUCCUGGAACGCGAUCUCGAGCUUCUUGGUGUAACGGGUGUAGAAGACAAACUGCAGAAGGAUGUCAAGCCUUCCCUGGAGCUUCUUCGUAAUGCAGGAAUCAAGAUCUGGAUGUUGACGGGAGAUAAGGUCGAGACUGCUCGCUGUGUUGCCGUCAGCUCAAAGCUGGUCGCACGCGGGCAGUACGUUCACACCAUUGCGAAGUUGAAACGCAAAGAACUCGCCCUGUCCUCUAUCGACUAUCUCCGUGGCAAAACCGAUGCCUGCCUCCUCAUUGACGGUGAAUCUCUUGCCCUCAUGUUAACCCACUAUCGCCAACAGUUUAUCUCCAUCGCCGUGCAGCUCCCCACUGUGGUUGCCUGCCGUUGCUCCCCGACACAAAAAGCCGACGUAGCGCACCUAAUCCGUGCCUUCACCAAGAAGCGCGUGUGCUGCAUCGGCGACGGCGGCAACGAUGUGUCCAUGAUCCAAGCCGCCGACGUAGGCGUGGGAAUUGUCGGCAAAGAAGGUAAACAAGCUUCCCUCGCCGCCGACUUCUCCAUCACCCAAUUUCAUCACCUCGUCAAACUCCUCGUCUGGCACGGUCGCAACUCGUACAAACGCUCCGCCAAACUCUCCCAAUUCGUCAUCCACCGUGGCCUCAUCAUCUCCAUCUGCCAAACCGUCUUCUCCAUCUCCACUGCCAUCAACCCCAACGCACUGUACAGGGACUGGCUCCUCGUCGGUUACUCCACCAUCUACACCAUGAUGCCCGUUUUCUCGCUCGUCCUCGACACCGACGUCGACGAGUCAGUCGCAAACCUCUAUCCCGAACUCUAUGCCGAGCUCAAGCUCGGCCGCUCCCUCUCCACCAAAUCCUUCCUCAUCUGGGUCGCCGUCUCUCUCUACCAAGGCGGCAUCAUCCAAGGUCUCUCCCAGCUCCUCGCCGGCGUUGAUCCAAACCCUACAUCCACAAUAUUCCGUCGCAUGGUGUCCAUUUCCUUCUCCGCGCUCGUCACGAACGAACUCGUCAUGGUCGCCACCGAAGUCACGACCUGGCAUUGGAUCAUGAUCGCUUCGAUUGUCGGCACCGCUGCCAUCUAUUUCGGCAGCGUGCCGUUCCUGGAGGGGUAUUUUGAUCUUGGGUUCGUGGCGAGUAUUGGGUUUUGGUGGAGAUUCGCGGUUGUUGCGGGAAUCAGUUUGGUACCGCCUUAUGUUGGAAAGGUUGUUGGGAGGUGGGUUCGGCCACCGAGUUAUCGGAAGGUUAGAGGGGUUUGAGAGGGGUGUGCAUGUGAACAUGAAACUUGUUGUGUUUGUCUUCUUGUUGUUUCUUUUUGAGGUUUGUAUUGGUGGUGGUUGGGGGAGGAUAGGAACGGGAAUGGGGAUUUGUGUGUAUGAUUGUUCGGUCUUUGGUAUGGUAGAUGGUGUGAAUUCUAUUCAUUUCUUCCUCUCUUUUUCGUUUCACGGUUCUUCAAUGUAUAUCGCAUCCGGUUCUUUUUCUGGGUGGUUUUUGGUGUCACAUUCUCCACCAUUUCUUGUAUCUUCCAUUCGUGUUCGUUGUCAGUUACUGAUCUUUCUUGCUUAGACGGAUUCUCUGAUUCUUAUUCUUUUAUUUCUUCUUGUCCCUUGUUCUCCCUUCAUGCGAAAUUGUUCC